AUGGACGAAACUCCAAUUGUUCCAUUGCCACUAAUCAAAAUUACUCCCCCAUUCCCACAAAGGCUCAAGAAGAAGGAUGAUGAUACCAAGUUCAAGAAGUUUCUUGCAAAGUUUAGCAAUUUAACGGUGAAUAUUCCUUUGCUAGAAGCCUUACAAGAAAUGUCCGGGUAUGCUAAAUUUAUGAAGGACUUGGUUACAAAGAAGCGAUUCAUGGAUUUUGAAACAAUUGAGGUAACCCACAAUUGUAGUGCUAUAAUGUCUAGCACAGUGGUGGUGAAGAAAGAAGACCCGGGCUUGGGUGCUCCUAAGACUACCACUAUAAGGCUUCUAAUAGCCGAUCAUUCAAUCAAAAAGCCCGUUGAUGUAUUGUAUGACGUUUUGGUGAAAGUUGAUCAAUUUAUCUUUUUGGCUGACUUUGUUAUUCUUGAUUAUGAGAUUGAUCAUGAGGUCCCAAUCAUUCUUGGUAGACCAUUCUUAGCUACCGAAAGGGCCUUAGUAGAUGUGGAAUGUGGGGAGAUAAAAUUUCGGGUGAAUAAUAAAGAAGUAUCCUUCAAUGUGUGUAAGUCCAUGAAGCAACCUAUGGACUUGCAAGUUAUUUCGGUGAUUGAUGUGGUUGAUGAUGAGAUGGCUAACACCAUUGAAAUGUAUCUUAUGAAUGACCCCUUGGUGGGUGUAUUAUGGAACUUUGGAAGUGAGGUGGUUGAAGAAUAUGAUGAGGUGGUAGCUUCAUUGAUAGGUCUUGGAUCUUACACCAAGAAUCCGAUCAAAUUGGAUCUUGAUUUGAAAAAUCGUGAGAGUCCACCCGCCAAGCCGUCUAUUAUUGAACCACCACAACUCAAACAUAAGUUGUUACCAUCCCAUCUUAAAUAUAUUUUCUUGGGUGAAGAUAAUACAUUUCCAAUCAUUUUAGCGGGUGAUCUUGAACCUUAUCAAGUGGAUGCCUUGAAAUCAAUUAUGAAAAAGUUCAUUCGUGCUAUCAGAUGGACUAUCGCGAACAUUAUAGGCAUUUCUUCUGGAAUUUGUUCUUAUAAAAUCAAGCUAAUACUGAUCAUGUUCCUAGUAUGGAACACCAAUGACGACUAA